AUGUCACUUUUACAGGUAAGCUUACUAAAGUAACAGAUUAUAUUGCUUACGCUAACCUUAAAAACAACAAAGCUUGAAGCUUGCAAUAGAAUCUACAUACUAUAAAUGUUGAUGAUACAAAUUUGAUGAUACAAAAAAUAUAAAUUGUGUUUAUUUGUAAUGCUGUGUCCCAAGGCUGAUCCAAGCAACAAACUUAUUUUUGUCCGCGAGCAUUACUGCCAAUGAUGAGUCCCGUCAGCUGUACCCUAAGGAGUAUAACCUGGUCAUUCUGUGGCUGUCCCUGAAUACAGGUGCUUAACGGCACAAGCUUCCUGGAUCCCCAGGAAUAUUUUGGCUAUGUGCAGAGAUCCAAUGUCUUCAACAGAGGUGUGGGUGAGUGUACAUUUGUGUUUAAGAGGCCAGGGAGGGAUAGGCUUACAUGGAAAGAGGGAACGGGGUUGUAUUGAUAUGGAAAGACAAGUUGAAUAUAAAUAUCCUCUACAUAUAAGACUGUCAUGUUUCUUUAACUUCUUCCUUUGUUAUUUUCUGUUGUUAACUCUAUUCCUCCAUCCUCAUCAUAUACAAUACCUAUCAAAUGUUUGGACACACCUACUCAUUCCAGGGUUUUUCUUUAUUUUUACUAUUUUCUAUGUUGUAGAAUAAUAGUGAAGACAUCAAAACUAUGAAAUAACACAUAUGGAAUCAUGUAGUAACCAAAAAAGUGUUGAAAUAAUUCAAAUAUUUUAUAUUUGAGAUUCUUCAAAGUAGCCACCCUUUGCCUUGAUAACAGCUUUGCACACUCUUGGCAUUCUCUCAACCAGCUUCACCUGGAAUGCUUUUCCAAUAGUCUUGAAGGUGUUCCCACAUCUGGCUGCUUUUCCUUCACUCUGCCGUCCGACUCAUCCCAAACCAUCUCAAUUGGGUUCAGGUUGGGGAUUGUGGAGGCCAGGUCAUCUAAUGCAGCACUCCAUCACUCUCCUUCUUGGUAAAAUAGCCCUUACACAGCCUGGAGGUGUGUUGGGUCAAAAACAAAUGAUAGUCCCACUAAGCCCAAACUAGAUGGAAUGGCGUAUUGCUGCAGAAUGCUGUGGUAGCCAUGCUGGUUAAGUGUGCCUUGAAUUCUAAAUAUAUCACAGACAGUGUCACCAGCAAAGCACCCCCACACCAUAACACCUCCUCCUCCAAGCUUUACGGUGGGAACUACAAAUGACGAGAUCAUCCGUUCACCCACACCCAAAUUUGGACUCAAGACCAAAGGACACAUUUCCACCGGUCUAAUGUCCAUUGCUCGUGUUUCUUGGCCCAAGCAGGACUCUUCUUCCUAUUGGUGUCCUUUAGUAGUGGUUUCUUUGCAGCAAUUCAACCAUGAAGGCCUGAUUCACACAGUCCCCUCUGAACAGUUGAUGUUGAGAUGUGUCUGUUACUUGAAAUCCGUGAAGCAUUUAUUUGGGCUGCAAUUUCUGAGGCUGGUAACUCUAAUGAACUUAUCCUCUGCAGUAGAGGUAACUCUGGGUCUUCCAUUCCUGUGGUGGUCCUCAUGAGAGCCAGUUUCAUCAUAGUGCUUGAUGGUUUUGCGACAGUCCAUCAAAGAUCUUGACAUUUUCUGUAUCGACUGACCCCCCCCCCCCCCCUGUACUUUUGACUUCUUCACUAUUAUUCUACAAUGUAGAAAAUAGUAAAAAUAAAGAAAAACCCUUGAAUGAGUAGGUGUGUCCAAACUUUGGACUGGUACUGUAUAUGGACGUAUAUAUUGUAUUGUUAUGCUGUACUGUAUGUAACAUAUUGUAUUGUUUUACACUGUUAGUGUGUUGAGAAUUUUAAAUGCACUUUAUUUAAAGCUUGGUGUGAUGUAUUUCUCUGCUGCCCUUCAGGCCAGUGCCCCACCCUGAACCUGAUGAUAAGGACCCGGGGCAAUGUGACGUCGGUGAACAAGUUGGCGGUGCACUGUGACGUGGUGAGCUCCCUGGUCAGCACCAUGAGGGAGUACAGGGCUAUCUGUUUGCUCAAAGGUAGCUCCAUACUCCCACCCCUCCUCAUCCCACAGGUCUCAUACUCCCCAACCUGAACUUCAUUAUAAUAGGCAUUUGAAGGAUGUUGUGGAAAUUCUAACCAAUAAGGAGAGACUUUGUUAAUUCAUCAACCAAUCAAUACUUUAUUAUACGAAUUGCAAUAAGGAAGCUGGUCGACCCCACACUCUUGAGCAUGAGACCGAGGCUUAAAAUCAUACAGAGAAUACAGGGCCUUGUAUAGCAGACCUAGAAAUGCUUAGUCAUGGCUGGUUCCACCCCUCCCCGGAAGAUCAGGGCAUCAUAAGCUAUCUUGUUUUCUUCUUGUGGCCAGGUGUAUUGGGUGUGUGAGGUUAUAGCCACAAACAAGUGAAAACGGCUGUUCCAUUACUCCUUUCUCUACCAAGCUAGCCUCCACAGCUGUGCCCUUGGAAGAUACAGUGGGGAGAACAAGUAUUUGAUACACUGCCGAUUUUGCAGGUUUUCCUACUUAACAAAGCAUGUAGAGGUCUGUAAUGUUUAUCAUAGGUACACUUCAACUGUGAGAGACGGCAUCUAAAACAAAAAUCCAGAAAAUCACAUUGUAUGAUUUUUAAGUAAUUAAUUUGCAUUGUAUUGCAUGACAUAAGUAUUUGAUACAUCAGAAAAGCAGAACUUAAUAUUUGGUACAGAAACCUUUGUUUGCAAUUACAGAGAUCAUACGUUUCCUGUAGGUCUUGACCAGGUUUGCACACACUGCAGCAGGGAUUUUGGAACACUCCUCCAUACAGACCUUCUCCAGAUCCUUCAGGUUUCGGGGCUGUCUCUGGGCAAUACGGACUUUCAGCUCCCUCCAAAGAUUUUCUAUUGGGUUCAGGUCUGGAGACUGGCUAGGCCACUCCAGGACCUUGAGAUGCUUCUUACGGAGCCACUCCUUAGUUGCCCUGGCUGUGUGUUUCGGGUCGUUGUCAUGCUGGAAGACCCAGCCACGACCCAUCUUCAAUGCUCUUACUGAGGGAAGGAGAUUGUUGACCAAGAUCUCGCGAUACAUGGCCCCAUCCAUCCUCCCCUCAAUACGGUGCAGUCGUCCUGUCCCCUUUGCAGAAAAGCAUCCCCAAAGAAUGAUGUUUCCACCUCCAUGCUUCACGGUUGGGAUGGUGUUCUUGGGGUUGUACUCAUCCUUCUUCUUCCUCCAAACACGGCAAGUGGAGUUUAGACCAAAAAGCUAUAUUUUUGUCUCAUCAGACCACAUGACCUUCUCUCAUUCCUCCUCUGGAUCAUCCAGAUGGUCAUUGGCAAACUUCAGACGGGCCUGGACAUGCGCUGGCUUGGCUUGACCGUCAUCUUGAACUUCUUCCAUUUUCUAAUAAUUGCGCCAACAGUUGUUGCCUUCUCACCAAACUGCUUGCCUAUUGUCCUGUAGCCCAUCCCAGCCUUGUGCAGGUCUACAAUUUUAUCCCUGAUGUCCUUACACAGCUCUUUGGUCUUGGCCAUUGUGGAGAGGUUGGAGUCUGUUUGAUUGAGUGUGUGGACAGGUGUCUUUUAUACAGGUAACGAGUUCAAACAGGUGCAGUUAAUACAGGUAAUGAGUGGAGAACAGGAGGGCUUCUUAAAGAAAAACUAACAGGUCUGUGAGAGCCGGAAUUCUUACUGGUUGGUAGGUGAUCAAAUACUUAUGUCAUGCAAUAAAAUGCAAAUUAAUUACUUAAAAAUCAUACAAUGUGAUUUUCUGGAUUUUUGUUUUAGAUUCCGUCUCUCACAGUUGAAGUUUACCUAUGUUAAAAAUUACAGACCUCUACAUGUUUUGUAAGUAGGAAAACCUGCAAAAUCGGCAGUGUAUCAAAUACUUGUUCUCCCCACUGUAUGAGAAGAAACAGGAUGGGCUGAGACACUGUGGUCACUUCUCAGAGGCUCUUUGUCUUAUGCCGUGUGACCAGGUUACUCAGAAGCAAAGAGAAAUAGAAACAAUACAGGUCUAUCUGUUCCUCAAGUUGAUCUCUAUCUCGAGUGGCAGGUUAUCUCUGAGUCGCCCCAUGUCCUUGACGAUAGGCCCAGACCAGCUGCAGGGAGCAGAAAGAGAGAACCAUCCUUUCUCAGAAGCACAGUAUUGCAAGUUAUGAAAACCUCUUUAACAAUGUUUAAGCAUAUAGUUGUUAUCUAUCGAUAUAUAGUAAACAGGCAGGUAAAUAUGUUCAUUUCCCCCCUACAAUAGGGAGAGUUUGGCGUUUUUAAAAAGUUAAGUUAUUCCCUUGUGGAACUAUUGGGUAACCAACUAGAGAGGAUUUGUGUGACUCCAGUGAGUCUUUAUCGACAUGCAAAUAAUUGGAAUUUGCGUUGUUUCUUUACUUGUAAAUAUGACAUGGCCAAUUGUAAAUCUGUCAAAUGUUUUGUUUUUAUAUCAGGUGGCCCAUGCAUGUGUUAUAAUUGCCUUGUAUACAGGUUUCCUAGUAAUUGUAUGUAAGCAAUACGUCUAUAUGAUAUGUUUGUCCCAGGGUUACAACCCAGGCCAGAUGAGGGCGGUGAGAACCAGUAUGUCCAUCAUCAGAAACCAGCAGCGCACCCCUAAAAUCUGCCUGAUACACGGACCCCCAGGAACAGGAAAGAGCAAAACCAUUGUGGGCCUGCUGCAAAAUCUUUUCUCUGAGGUACGCUGUUUGUCUUGUUUCUGGACAUUUCUAUUUUUUUCAGCUUGCUCCUGUUCCUUUCCUACUGAACACAACCUUGGCUAAAAGCAUUGUUAAAUAUAAACAUUGAUAUAAUUUCCCUGUGUUCCUCUGUAUAAUCAAAGCACUGAUGUCAGAGGACGCAGACGUCCACCAACGCAGAGUGCAGCUAGUUGAGAGCAUCAAGAAGAUCUCCAAGAUGUUGCCCAAACUGCCAGACUGAGCAAAUGGUAACCACAGGCUUUCGCCAGCAGGGGCCGCUAGAGGGCUAGCCACCGACCUACAGUUACCAAAACUAUUCAAAGCUCUAGUCAUACACUUUGGUCUUACUCAUAAUCAAUGUGGACCUCGGCUCAGACAUGUGUUAGGAACUGCAAAUCCCAUUAAUAUCCUAAUACUUGGUUUUGCAUUGUUCAGAGUUGUUGUUCAUGGUUUCUCUCUUUCAUUUCCUCCCUCCCUUAUUGGCUGGUGUGUAGUACCAUGAGCUGGCAGAGCAAAGUCCAGACUGCUCCGAAAGAGACAGACUCAGCCACGAGCUCAAACAGGUAAGGCACUGUACCACAUUACCAUUAUAUGCAUACAGAUGUUAGCAACUUUGUCAUGCGUAUAAGGGCUUAUCAGAUAAGAGGAGAGAUAUUAUUAUUCAGAAUUGAAGGGGAUGUAAAAAAACUGCUUUGGGGAGAGAAAUCUCAUUAGAAAUGCCUCUUUCUCUCAGCUCUCUCGCGUUCUGUUCUAUUUCCCGUCUCUCAUUUUUUGACCUCUUUCCUCUUCUUCCUUCCCUGUCUUUCUCCCAUAGUCUCGCAUUAGGAAACAGGAGACCCAGCCCUGUGCCUGGGACAUGAACCCUUCAGCUGCGUCAUCGUGGACGAGGUCAGAAUUUGUAGCUCCUUUAGUUUGGCUGCAUUUAAAUAGUGUGAAGCAGCAAUAGUGUUCUAUAUACCAAUGUGGUCAUGGUGAUACACGGUGUGCAAGCUUUUGUUCUUGUCCAGUGCUGUAACACACCUGAUUCAACGAAUUGAUGGCUUGAUGGUUAGUUGAAUAAGGUGUAUAGUACUUGAUUGGAAUAAAAGCUUGCAAGCCCUGUGGAACCCCAGUCUUACCCAGUUUGACUGCAUCUCCUCUACUCGCUCUGUAUGACUGUGAGGACCAACCACUUGCCUUUGUGUUUGCUGUGUCCCCAUGGCACUGUGUGCAGGCAGGGCAGACCACCGAGACGGAGACACUCAUUCCCAUGCUCUACCGCUGCAAAUCCCUCAUCCUUGUGGGAGAAUCCGAUCAGCUGCCCCCUACUGUCAUCUCCCAGGUACUGCAGCUCUCACUUUCAGUAUGUUGACAUGUUGAACAUGUCAACAUCUCCAAACAUGGUCUUACUUUUUUAAAGGAGUAGUUCACCCAAAUUGCAAAAUAAUUGCAGUCUAUGGAAACAAUGGUCAUUUUGUAAUUUGGUUGAACUAUAAAACGAGAAAAUUCCUUAGAAUACCAACUCAAAACAUUAACAUUCUAAAUUCCAAUACACCUACAAGAGAUGCUUACAGUUUAAUGAUUGUGACUGAUAAUGAAAUAAUGACAGUGUGUUCUUCUGGGUGUUUGUUUUUUCCAUAGAACUAACUUAAUGUAAUUGCAUUUAUAUCUAUGGUUUUUCCUCUGUCAGAGGGCGAGGGAGUUGAAGUAUAGCCAGUUUCUGAAGGCUCCGCUGGUGACCAACCUGCAUCACUCCUGUAAGGAGAACAAGAUGCCCAGCUCAGUGGGCUUCCUCAGCUACCAGUACCGCAUGCACCCCAACAUCUGCGAGUUCCCUUCCAAGCACAUCUACCACAAGUCCCUCAAAACCGACAAGUAG